AUGGACCCAACCCAAGUCCCUGAGACUCAUGGACCUCAAACCCAAGUCUUAGACUCUAAUGGACCCCAUAACCCAAGUCCCGAGGAACUCUCAUCCGGACCCAAUCCAAGUCCGCGAGACUCUAAUGGACCCCAAACCCAAGUCCCGAGACUCUCAUGGACCUCAAACCCAAGUCCUAGACUCUAUGGACCCCAAACCAAGUCCCUCUAUGACUCCCGGAGACUCUAUGUCCCGAGACCUCCUCAAACUCUAUGGACCCCAAACCCAAGUCCCGAGACUCUAUGGACCUCAACCCAAGCCCUAGACUCUAGUACCCAAACCCAAGUCCGAAGACUCUAUGGACCCCAACCCAAGUCCCGAGACUCUAUGAGAACCUCAACCAUCCCAAGUCCCCGGACUCUAUGGACCCCAAACCCAAACUCUAUGGACCUCAAAAACCCGACUCCACCACCCAAGUCCCUGACUCUAUGGACCUGCAACUCAAGUCCCAGAGACUCUAUGGACCCCAACCCAAUCCCUAGACUCUAUGGACCCCAAACCGGCAAAGUCCCGAGACUCUAUGGACCCUCAAACCGCAAGUCCCUAGACUCUAUGGACCCCAAACCCAAGUCCCGAGGAACUCUAUGGACCCCAAAACCCAAGUCCGAGACUUAUGGACCUCUCCCUAGACUCUAUGGACCCCAACCCAAGAGACUCUAUGGACCCAAACCACAAGUCCUAGACCUAUGGACCCCAAACCUCAAGCCCGAGACUCUAUGGACCCCAAACCCCAAGUCCCGAGACUCUAUGGACUCAAACCCCAAGUCUCCUCUAGUGGACCUCCCGAGACUCUAUGGACCCCAAAACCAACUCCUACUCUAUGGACCCCAAACCCAAGUCCUAGACUCUAUGGACCCCAAACCCAAGUCCCAGACUCUAUGGACCUAA